AUGAAACCAAUCGCUUGUGCUCUGGGUCAUCUACAAAGUGAAUCAAAUUUUUACUAUGGCCAUUUAAUUCCUACUUUAUUUUUAUUAAAAAGUUGAUUGCAAUUAUUAAAGGAACAACAUUUGCGUUAUACUUUCAACUUUAUCGAUCCAUUAAUAACCUCUUAAAAAAACGAUUCAAACUAUAUUUUGAUCUCUCCCCUGAAGUUGAUGAAGUUAUAUUGGAAUCUUGUUUUCAUCCUACAUUUAAAUUAAGAUUGAUUCCUGAACACGAUGAAAUUAUUAAAAAUAGAGUUAAAAAUCUUUGUAUCAACACUACUGAAAAAUAUAUAGUGAAUUCUUCUCACAAUGAGUCAUCAGUAGAUAAUAUAGACGAUGAGGACUUUUUAAUAUAUUCUUCUCAGGAACAGUGUUUUGAUUCUAGGGCUAAUUUAGAAGUAGUUCAGUUUUUUUUUUUAACAAUAAAAAUAAGGCAUUAACAUGUUUAGACAGUUAUCCUACUGUAAACAAAUUAUUCACCAGAUACAAUACAAGUUUACCAUUAUCAGCUCCAGUCAAAAGGUUGUUGUCGUUUGCUGGAUUUAUUCAUGCCCCAAAUAGAGGUAAUUUAUCGAAUGCUAAUUUUGAAAAAUUUGUGUUUCUUAAAGGAAAUGAUAGUUGUAGUUAA